AUGAGCCAGCUCUCGCUUAACGAUUCAAGCAGUGGUCAGCAAACAUCUCGUAGUCGUGAAGGAACGUCGUCUGGCAGACCGGCAAACGACGGAGAGAUGCGCCUGGAGGCAACAAGAGCAAUGCUUGAAUCCAUACGGACAACGCAAGACAGCGGUAACAGCUUCGCUCCAUCCGUUCUCAGUCCUCGCUCAUUUGCCGAAGUAGCAUCGCCUACUGGAACUGCGGAACCCAGCUCAUUGCCAGAAACGUCUGACUCCGCCAACAUUAUUUCUAAGGCUCUGGAUGAUGCGCCGGCUGAAAAGUCAGGGAAAGACACCGUUAGUUAUGGCACACCAGAUCGACCUUUUGGCACAAGAAGGAGAAGGUCAAGCAUGAACGAUGAGCCACCUCCUGAGUUUCUAUGUCCUAUCACAUGCGAACUGAUGGCGGAUCCAGUCAUGGUUGUCACGGGACAAACUUAUGAGAGGAGCUCCAUCAGACAGUGGAUAAGUGAGGGCCAUCGUACAUGCCCUAUUACAAGGAUGCCUCUUGGGAACAUUGAGCUGGUGCCUAACUAUGCACUAAGAAACGCCAUUCGAGCUUGGGCACAAAAGCGGGGCAUCGAGUUGAAGGAGCCUGAGUUCUUUCCGCCACCUCGCAUAAGCGGAGCGCAAUAUAAGACAGCUAAUAAUGCCUCGGCACCAUCACAGAUCCCUACCUGGGACAAUGCUCUGCCAGACAGGAGGAGCCCUCCCAUGCUGGCUGUUACGCAGCUGUUCGUUGGUUCAACUGCUGACAAGGACGCAGCUGUUGCUCAGCUUGCAACAACUGCAAGUGAAGAUGGGGAAAAUGGGAGGGUUUCAGUUGUACAGGCUGGUGCAAUCCCACCCCUCAUCAUGGUUCUGCUUGAAGGCUCUGAUUUUGCCAAGGAAACGGCAGCAAGAUGCAUCCGCUUUCUUUCCAGGAGCAACAACCCGAUCAUUACACAAGGUUCUGCAGCAGCUAUCCCAGCUUUGGUCCGACUACUUUCUGUGGGGUCUCAAGCUGCAAAGGAGGCCGCAUGUGGCGCUCUUGUCAACCUUUCAGCCAAGACGGAUGUCAACAAGUUCCAGAUUGCAGUUGCUGGAGGAAUACUUCCACUAGUUUCUCUUCUUGACUUCAACCAGCCAAAUGCCUCAAGGACCUCGUAUGAGUGCGCAUCAGCAGCACUGUGCAAUCUUGCUUUUGACAAUGAGAACAGGCUGAAGAUUGCUGCAGCCGGUGCCAUCCCUUUGCUUGUCCAGGUAUGA